AUGGAUGUUGCAGCGCAGGAGAUCAACAAGCUUGUUCAGCGCAUCCUGCCCGAUCGGCCAUACCACCUCUCUGUCUCCGCCACCGGCCGCUACCCAGUGCCUCCAGGCCUGUGGCCCAAUACCUCGCCACUGCAGUACACCACAUUCGUGUCUGAAGCUGACCGUGGCAUCCUGCUUACACGACCCUAUUUUGACAUUCAACUGGAAACCGAAGACGACCCGAACAACACCAAAAACAAACGCGGCAAAGCCACGUCGUCGACCAGCACAGCACUGCCCGGUGGUAGCCCUGCGGGGGCCGGCAACAAGGGCGAGACGAAGAAACCCGUAACAAAGAUGUCCUUUAAAGAUUAUCAACAAAGCAAGAAUCAGAAAAAACUACCUGGCUCACCAACAAGCACUCCCACCACAACAACCAAACCAGACACAAAUCUGCGCAAAAGCGAAGGAGCUAUGGCCUCCUAUGUUGAUCGGCAGCAUCUGCCCCCGAAACCGGAAUACAAUGGCGACAGGCGUGCUCGCAGCCCCAGCGCAGCUGACGGCAGAAAGCGCAUAGCCGACUCUAACGACGCAGCGAACCGACCGCACAAACGCUCGAGGUCCGAUACCUCCAUGACCUCUAAUUCACCACCGGCUGCCUCUUCUUCUAAGCCAAACCACCGUAUUCACGACCCACCAAGUCCCCUCGAUCUUAAUAAUCGACGAGACGAUAGGUCAAAGCCCACCGCAAACCAGCAAACAUCACAGGCUAAACAACGAGACAAGUACAGAGAUAGAGACGGGGAUCGAGACCGCGACAGAGACCGCGACAGAGACCGGGAGAGGGAUCGGGAACGCAACAAAGAUCGGGAGAAGGAAAGGGACAGGGACAGGGACCGGGAUUACGAUCGGUACCGUGACAAAACUCGAGACCGUGAUCGCGACCGCGACCGCGACAAGGACCGGGAUAGGGAUCAUGACCGUGAACGUGAAGGUCAGCGCGAACGGAAUAGGGACCACGACCGGGAUCGAGACCGUGGCCGAGAACGAGACAAGGAGAAGGAGAGAGGUCGCACCGACGCCGGCCGCCGUUCGUCACUCUCGCCACCUGUGCCCAAGACCAACGGGCAUAAAGCCCACACAAAUCGGAACCGCGACCGGUCGCGGUCUCCCGACGACGGAAGUGGGCCAGUAUCGGCGCUGCCGCCUAUCCUUUCCCCACUCCAUUUUAACCCCGAACGCGGUUCUAGCUCUACGAAACAGCCCCGUUCCAGCGAGUCUAAAGGCCCUGGCAUAGCAGACUCCAGCAAAAGAGAUGAGUCGCCGUUACGCAUACCACCUCUUCUUUCCCCCACACUGCCUGCCAUAGUUGAGCAGGAACUGUCUCGUUUGAAGAAUGUACCGAAGGACAGCGAGCCAAAAUCAAAGUCGAGCCACGAGUCAGGCCAUGCACCAUCUGCAGGAAAGAAACCUUUCCGACCUGUCACGGAUACAGACAUGGGUGACGCCUUUCUCAAAGAGGCGUCGCACAAGGAAAGCCACCAGACAAAGGACGAUUCGCACAAAGAGGCAAAGGAGUCCUCUUCACAGUCUUCGUCCUCUAAGCGGCCUCUUAUCGUUGUCUUGAAAUACAAGAAAAAGAACGUUAAGAGGGUGCUCCGCUUACUUGCCCUUCAACAGACACCGUUAAAGGCGCCACUGAAACAGACCGAGCGGUCUGUCAGUCUCGAAAACACACCAUCGCCGGCUCAAAUCACAAAGAAGCGGCCUGCGCCGUCUGACAAUUCCACAAACGAGCCACUGCCACCCUUGUCAGCUACGUCGUCUUCCUUCAAACACCCAAAGACAGUCGCAGAAAAGAGUGUCUCUGCCUCGCGGACGCCUGUCGGACCCGCCACGCCCGUUAAAUCCACGCCCAUGGCUCGUGUGACAUCCAAUACCUCGCAGGUUCUCACCCCCGGUGACUCGAGCUACACGCCGCGUUCGAGCGAGCGGCCGCCGACGAGCCAGAGCGACCAUACGAGCAACCUCACCGUUUCUGAUUAUCGCCGACGUUAUGAUACGUACGUCAAGCUGGGGACGAAGCUAAAGCACGACCGCGACGCCAUUGUGAAGAGCAGGAUGCCAAAUGGGUCGACAAAGCCCGACGGCUCGUCUGCUCCAACGCUCAACUUGACGCUGGCCGAAAAGAAGCUCGUCGCUGUACUUAGUCUAGAAAUGGUUAUGUCGUACCUCAUUGCCUUCAAGUCUCUCAACCAGGGACGGUAUCUGGAGCGGAAGCCAGGCGACGUGACGGUGUGGGAGCGGCUCAUGCCACACUUUGCCGAGUUGCGGAGCCAUGCCCGUCAUUUCCGCCCACUGGAAGCCAUGACUGUACAGCUGCGCGCGAUUUGCUUUGAGCAGAUGAUGGCGUCGUUUGUUGGCCACGACGCCGAGUCCGUUGCGUCCAAGCUGAUGGUGGCCACCAAGCAACGAAUCGACGCGUGGACUGAUGUGGCCAACUGCGUGGAUGCGGUUAACGACAGCGCCCUCAAAAUAGUCGUGGGCCCGUGGCUGAGUGUCGAAGAUACGGUCCGUACCAUGCUGCCGACCGUUCGGCGCUGGAACGAGCGAGAAAAUGCAGGCUGGGAACAGGAACUCCAGCCCCCGAAAUAG